GAGAGAGAGAGAGAGAGAGGUCCUCCAUUCAUCAUUGAUCCACUGCAGGACUGUGUUUCAGGGGGUGUGAAUUAUGGGCCCCUGCUGUCACUGUGACUGCUCCGCCUUGGACAUUCCACCUCGCUGCUGUAAAUUUAAAAAGGGGAUUACAUUUUGCUGACUACUUAUUUCAAAGCCGUAGCUCGACCAUGUGCAGACAACUGGCCGGUGGUCCCCACACACAGAAGACUUAAUUUCGCAGGAUGUGUGAUUUUGCAACGGUUUGAACAGCAAGAGGUGGGGGACGUAUUCUGGACCAUAGAAAACCUCAUUAGGUUGCCGGUUAUACGUUUAAACUGCGGACUGAUUUGCUUCAGUGGAAAGAAAGAAAAAAACGUAUUGUAGUUGAUUGGGCGUUUUGGACGCGCUCGGUGUACGGUGAUGCUACGGCGACGCGCAGGAACCGUAGAGGGAAGAGACAGGUGAGGUGCGGCUGGGGAGCUGCUCUUGUUUCAGAGAGGCUUAGGGUACCGAGAGCCGUGGUAUCCAUCACCCUUUUCUCCACAGAGAGGAAGAAGAGCGACCGAGGAGGGCGAGUUGGCGACUGGCACCUGCCUCCGCCUUCCUACCUGACCAUCUGUGCGUGCAUGUGUGUUGCUGCCAUGGGGACCGUGGCUCCUCCCCUCACAUUUCUCCUCCUGCUGCUUCAACUGGCUGAUGGCUCAUUCCCAGAGGAGCCCAGUCCUCUCAGCUACGUCCCUGUAGAGGUUGUGCGCAGGUAUCCAGUGUUCUUGGGCAGAGCUCAUCGUUCAGCUCAGAGGCAGGAGCUGCACAUCCAGACUGUCCUCCAAGUCAACCGCACACUCUACAUAGGAGCCAGAGAUGACCUGUACAGAGUGGAGCUUGAUAACACGGCAGGUGAUGAGAUGUUUUACAGCAAAAAACGGACCUGGGAAUCCAAUAAGAACGACAUUCGAGUGUGCAGGAUGAAGGGCAAACAUGAGGGAGAGUGCCGUAAUUUCAUCAAGGUUUUGCUCAGACAGCAUGGUGGUCUGUUUGUAUGUGGAACAAACGCCUUCAACCCGCUCUGCGCCAACUACACUAGAGACACUCUAGAAAUGGUGGGAGAGCCUGUCAGUGGGAUGGCACGGUGCCCAUAUGAUCCUCGGCAUGCCAAUGUGGCUUUAUUUGCAGAUGGAAGUCUCUUUACCGGUACCGUGACAGACUUCUUGGCCAUCGACGCAGUGAUCUAUCGCAGCCUCGGAGACAGCCCCGCCCUCCGCACAGUCAAACAUGACUCCAAAUGGUUCAGAGAGCCCUACUUUGUGAGCUCCAUGGAGUGGGGGCCUCAUAUUUAUUUCUUCUUCAGAGAAAUGGCCAUGGAGUUUCAUCAUCUGGAGAAGGUGAUGGUGUCCCGUGUGGCUCGUGUGUGCAAAGCAGACCUGGGGGGUUCUCAGCGCGUCCUUGAGAAACAGUGGACGACAUUCCUGAAGGCACGGCUCAACUGCUCUGUCCCAGGAGAUUCACACUUUUACUUCAACCUCUUGCAUGCCACAAGCGAAAUCAUCCACAUGCAGGGCCGUGACGUCAUCCUGGGUCUCUUCUCCACACCACCAAACAGCAUCCCGGGCUCUGCGGUGUGUGUGUUUGACAUGCAGCAGCUUGCUCAUGUCUUUGAGGGACGGUUUAAAGAGCAGAAAUCCCCCGAGUCUAUUUGGACUCCUGUACCGGAUGAAGCAGUGCCUAAACCGAGACCAGGGGGAUGUGCAGUGCAAGGAUCCAGAUUUAGCUCCUCUACCACACUGCCAGAUGAGGUGCUGAACUUUGUGAAGACCCACCCACUGAUGGAUGAGACCGUUCCACUACUUGGGCACAGACCCUGGGUGGUCAAGACUAUGGGACGGUACCAGCUGACAGCCAUGGUGGUGGACACAGAAGCUGGCCCCCAUAGGAACCGUACGGUCUUGUUCCUGGGCUCAACGCGAGGAACCAUCCUCAAAUUUCUUAUGAUUCCAAGUGGAGAUUCUGUCUCUCACAGCAGUGUGUUUCUGGAGGAAGUUGAGGGAUUCAACCCAGAGAAGUGUGGCGAGGACACUCUUCAGGCCCGUCAGCUUUUGUCCCUGUCGUUGGACCGGACCAGCCACACUCUGCUGCUGGCCUUUCCCUCCUGUCUGGUGCGAGUGCCCACAUCUCGCUGCCACCUGCAUUCACGCUGCAUGAAGAGUUGUCUAGCCUCCAGGGACCCAUACUGUGGCUGGACCAGAGGCAGCACCUGCUCCUUCCUGAGACCAGGAACACGGCUGCCUUUUCAACAAGAUGUGGAGUAUGGGAACACCACUUCCCAUCUAGGAGACUGUGAUGGAAUUCUGCAGCAGAGUUUGCUGAUUGAACCGGAGAGCUUGGUCUCCCUCAACCUGCUUGUGGCGUCUGCAGUCUCAGCUUUCACCAUUGGGGCGGCGCUCUCAGGCCUUGCUGUAUGCUGGAUCAUGGCCCACAAGCCCACAAAUCGUCGCAACCCCAGCCAGUCCUCCAUCCAGCGUCGGGAAAGAAGCCUACUAAGCAAUGGCGGCGGAAUGGGAGGCUCUGUGCUCAGCGUGACGCGACAGGGAGGUGGGGAGCGCCCCUGCUCUCAGGGUGGGGAAACCCUGUUUGUUAUGCCCAAUGGCUGGGUGAAGUCCGGAGAGCUCGACCCAGGCUUCCUGCCGACCCCAGAGCACACGCCCCAGCAGAAACGUAGAGGACUACGACUGUCUGACUCCAAUUCUGGAGGGUGGGACACCAGUCAGACGUACCUGGGGGGAGGCUCCGUGGGGCUGGGUUCACCCUGCCGCAUGCCCCCCUCCGUGUACCUGACCACCAGACUCUUCCAGCAGGGAGGAGGUGGGAGACACAGCAGUGAAGGCAGGGGAAAUGACACACCACGCCAGCACUAUGUAUGCCUGAGCAAGCAAGAAAAAGGAGUAAAGGGUACACCCAAAGCCCCUCUCAGGAAGUCUGCAGGAGAAUAUGUAUACCCUAUGACCCCCCAGGACUCACCUGAGCGCCGGAGGGUGGUCUCAGCACCCAGCGCCCCCAUGGAGUACGGCGAGCCGCUGCCUUUGCGUUGGCCAGCCCCGGAAGGAUACAUCCUCAGCAGUCAUGGCAUGGUCCCAGUCCCCCUGCCUCCACCCUCCAUGCCCGCUCCUAGUGGCCAGCCUUACGUGUCCCAGCAACACACACCUGGGCUGACCAGGGCUCUGCUGAGAAGUGCCCUGGAGCGAGGGGAGUUGGGUGAGCUGGUCGACCUCAGCCAGCUGAUGAAUAAGAAGAACUGCAGUGACAGGACUCAGACUGGCCAGUGACUCUUUUGGGGAUGAUGGGGACAGAAGCUUUUCCAUUCCAGAGCUCUCUGUUUUGUUUACAUAGAUCUCUCUUUUCUCUUUCCUCAUUCUGUCCAUCGCCGCUCUCCAUUCCCUUCACUUUUCCUUACAUCUUUAUUUGUCAUUCAGCCCCCACCUCGAUUUCCUCUGUCAGUCUCUCAGGCUACCCCCACUUUCACCCCCAUGAUGAGCCUCUCCUUAUAACUGGCUGCCAGGCCUGCCACUCAUAUCCUGGCUCACACUAAUUGGUCAGAAGGCACUGAGGUUGUUGCUGUGUCUGCAUUGCAGAGCUGCCUCUCCCUUCUGCUUCUCAAUGGGAGCAGGAAGAGGGUAGAGAGAGGA